GCUGUAAUCCCUGGAAACCGCCACCAGAUAUGUCAUGUACCAUACAGCACGUAGGGCACUGAACACUUUGGCUCCAGGUGCGGUAUCUGGCCUUGGCUUUGUCAAUAAAUGCGUAACAGCGUAAAGGACUACAGUCUUUUGCAGUAGAUAUUUUUAAAGAGACGCACAGCGCCUUGCCUGUCUUCGAAAGCUCAUCUCCCUUUGGGCGUAGAUAUUGGCUUUUACAACCGUUACCAUGAGCGAAGAACAAGAUCGCAAGCGCCCCCGCCCCAUUCCUGAUGACGAGGAAAAGGCGCAGCAAGUCGGAAGUGGUGUAAACUUGGGUGGCACCAAUCCCAGCGCGCAAUUGCAAGGCGAAGGCCCUGUCACCACAGACAUUCCCGCAACAUCCACCCUUCUCACAGCUGCAUCACCUCUGCAGCUGCUGCUGCGCGAUGGCGUGCUGCUUGACAGCAACGCCUGCGUGCUGAGCCAGGCCUCCUCCGUGCUGCGGGAGACCCUGCGCCUGCCGCUCAGCCAGCCCGGGGUGCUGGAGCUGAGGGAGGAUGACCCGCAGGCAUGGAGCGCGGCGCUGCAGAUGAUCAGCCUGCAGGUGUAUCCCAUGGACGUCGUAAACUGGGACAACGUGGAGCGCUUGCUUGUGCUUGCUGACAAGUACGACAUGACACUUGUACGGCACACAUGCGCCGACUUCCUGGCCCGGAAGAGCUCCGUCGGAGAGCUCAGCAUGAACCAGCCGCUCACCUCCCCUCGCAACCCGCUCAGGGCCGUGUCCCUGGUGGAUUCAUACUGUUCCGGCAUCGCUUCCCUCCAGACACUUCACACUGCCGUGCAUAAGGCCCUUGAUACGGCUCUUGCACCGCUGACCGUACCGCUGCUAAAGUCCAAGCAGACGUGUGCGGAUGUCGUACGUCUGCUGGGCGAGCUCGAAACCGGGCUGACGAGUACCGGGGGGGACAGCUGCUUCGCCGGCAUCAGCCCCAGUGUGCAGGCUGCGGUCAUGCGGGGCCUCAUCACGAGCCUGCGAGGAGUGGCUGCAGCAGCGCCCAUCUGCCACGUAUGCAACAGUGCGGUCGGUCGGUGUGAGCCACUAGUGCAUCGCUCCUGCCUGAAUCUAUCUGUCUCUGCUGGUAUACCCAUCCGGCGGUAGGGGGAGGGCAUUAGGUCGCAGGGGCAGAUGGCGGCCGUUGGGCACCACGCUGCGUGGAGGUUGUGGCCGGCGUGGAGGUUGGGGCUGGGUUGGUUGGCUUGGUAAGCCGUACGCGGACUUAGGCAUGACGUCAAGGAAAUGGCAGGAUUAUCAUAGAUGGCAGGAGGGCAUAACUGAUUCUUUAGGAGCGGCCUGGUAGCACUUGGUAGGAGCUUGGGCUUGUAUGCAGGUGCUUUCCUAUUAACAUGACCCCUGGAUCCGCAACGGAGCAGAGGCACUUGUGCAGGUACAACAAAGCAGCAUUAGGUAAUAAGGUAAGGUUCUAACGCUUUGGGGCUAAGUUGCAGGUUGUAUGUCUGUAGCGUGAUCCCACUUGGGGAUGCCGUCGUGUUAUGCUGAUAGCUGCCCUUUGCAUGCGGGGGAUGUGGGUUUAUGACUUGGUUGCGGUCAGCAAUGGCAGGAGUUGCACAAAGUGGCCGGCGCGGUUAGAGCGCGUGCGUGCGUGCGGG